UGGUGGGGAUGCGAGUGCCGAGAACGGAGGAGCCGUCAGUAGUUCCGUACCAACUCUCCUCUGAUACGUAUGUAUGUCGGUGCCGCGUGCGUCGCGUCGCGCCGCGAUUAAGAUAGACACGCACCGUUGUUCCAAUCGUCGUCGUCGUCGUCGUCGUUCACCUCCUCAUCGUCAUCGUCAUCGUCACCGUCAUCAUCAUCAUCAUCGUCAUCAUUAUCGUCGUCGUCGUCCUUUCCGUCAUCGUCAUUAUUCUAUGUAACGAAAGGGACACGAAGAAACAUUGACCAAGACAGAAAAAGAAGUGAAGAGGAACAGUGUGAUUGCGUCUGAUAAAGAGAAUGAGUGAGUGAGUGAGAGAAAAAGAGAGAAAUAGAAAUAGAGAGAUAACGAUCGAGCUUCUUCGAUUCAGAGUGGUGUGUCCUUCUCCGUGAGUACUUUGCCUGGUCCAUCGUGUGAUCGCACGAAUGUCGCGACGCGAUGUCGCCCGAUAACGGACGCGUCGAGCCGCGAAACCUGGCACUCGACGUCACGGCUAUCAUCGGUUCCUCCUGACAAUAUGAGCCUCGUCAAGCAUUGUCGUACUACGCGAUCGCUAAUAAGAGUACUAUCACUAUUGGUACUGCAGGUGUUGGCGAGUGUUCUCCUCGACAUCAUCGCAGCCACUGUCGCCGUCGCCGUCGUCGUCGCCGUCGUCGUCGUCGUCGUCGUCGUCAUUAUCAUCAUCAUCAUCAUCAUUAUCAUCUACAUCAACAUCGACACUGUCGUCGUCGUGAAGCAUCCUGCGAUUCCUAUUGCUGCUCUCAAGAUCGUUGCUGACUCAAGAUCUCUAUUCUAUUUAUCAAAGGAUUAUUAACCUUCAAGGAGAACUCCGUGCUCGCGAGUGUGUGCUAUCGUGUCCGUUAAAACCACCCUAAAACACGUGCGACCUUUCCCGUGGGAUUAUCGUUCCUCCUGUGUAUUAUUAUUCGUGUGUCACGAAGGACGACCAUUCGUCCUUCUCUAUAUUCUUCUUCGUUGUUUACGUUUUUACUAUCGGUUUUUUACAUUGAUAUUACUACCAUUACUACUACUAUUACUACUACUACUACUACUGCUACAACUACUAUUUGGUGCUUCUUAUACAAUUCUUCGUUUUAUGUGUUUACGAAAGAUCGUGCAUUUAUUUUCUUCUAUCUUACGUUAUUACUAUUAUAACAUAUACACAGUGAGUCACGGAUAUCGAGCGAUGAUGGCAGCGUUCAUGAUCGCCAGCAGCACCAUGGAUCUUUGCCUCAGCACUGUGGUGACGAUGUGCCGCGCUUUCGCGAGCACCUCGACCGAUGUUACGAAUUGGAGCGUUACAAGGACGCAAGAGGGUACCUCAACGCCCAGGGAAAUCGAGUUAUCGAGGUCAAUGCAAGUAUAAUUAUCCCGAUCUGACGUUAAUUCGUUGCAACCCCAUUACCUUAUUGAGACACAGUUUACAGAAAUACAUAAACAUAUAUAUAGUGUAUCACGGAUCAAGUGUUAACGAGGAUAAUUUGCGAUAGAUAACGUUUUUAAAUUUGACCAUAAAAUGUUGAAUAUUGAUGGAUUCCUUUUUUCAGUCGGUACUCUUUUCCGAUCUACUAUACCCGUAUUCUUUCCAUCUACCCUUCUCGUCGUGAACGAUGCGGUAACUGGGCCGACGGUAACGAAAUAUCUUCCUCUCGAGGGUGAAAUAAAAGCAAGACAAUUUCUUCUUGCCGGGGUACAAUCGAGCCAAGGAGAAGAAAAGAUGAUACUAACUUUAGUCUCCAGGUCGAGGACAGGAUCAAGAACGAGGUCGAUCGUAAUCUGCCUUACACUGUUACUAACAAUGGAAGCGAGGAGCAUAGAGGGUACGAACAUGACAAACGCGUCCUCCUCCUCCUCGUCCUCGUCGUCAUCCUCCUCGUCCUCGUCGUCCUCGUCGUCGUCAUCAUCCUCAUCCUUGUCGUCAUCGUCCUCGUCGUCGUCCUCGUCGGUUGUGUCGACGUUAAAGCCGAUUACAACGACGGAAGUAGUUUAUCAACGAUUCGCCAUCGAGCCAAUGGAUCAAACCGCGGUGGUUGGUAGUAGGGUGACGCUUCCUUGCCGAGUUCUUGAUCAAAAGGGACCGAUUCAAUGGACGAAGGAUGAUUUUGGCCUUGGUGCUGUUAGGAAUCUCACUGGAUACGAACGUUACGCUAUGAUCGGUAGUGACGAAGAGGGUGAUUUUUCAUUACACAUAUAUCCGGUUGAGCUUGAGGAUGAUGGCGUUUAUCAGUGCCAGGCUUCGCCGACGAACGAUGGUCAGCCAGCCUUACGAUCGAGAUUUGCUCGUUUGAGCGUGUUAGUGCCGCCUGAGCCACCGAAGAUCCUUCAGGGUGACUUUCUCGUGACGACCGAGGAUCGAGAGCUCGUAAUCGAGUGCGUUAGUGUUGCUGGAAAACCACCGGCUGAGAUCACGUGGAUCGACGGGCGAGGCAACGUGCAACAUAGAGGUAUAGAAACCACCAAGGAACUCUUCGAUGGUGGCCCUUUGUACACGGUGAAGUCGGUUCUGAAAGUGAUGCCACGUAAGGAGCACGACAAUACCACCUUCACGUGCCAAAGUCAAAACGCGGCUGAUCGGACGCCGCAAAGUGCCAAGUUACGUGUCGAGGUACGUUACGCACCAAAGGUGUCACUAAAAAUCCGCGGCUCUGGAGUAUCGGAUAAGAAACGUAUCGUCGAGGGAACAGAGUUGAGGUUCAAAUGUCGCGCCGAGGGCAAUCCCCCGGAUAUGGAGUACAGGUGGUUUAUCAACGAGAAAAAGGUCAUCGGAGACUAUACGACGGAAAUGAUCAUUCACAACGCGACGCGGGAUCUUCACGAUGCGAUCGUAAAGUGUGAGGUUCAUAACGAUGUCGGCAAAAGCGAAGAAACUGAAACUCUAGAUAUAACAUACGGACCACAAUUUCGACAUCCGCCAGUCUCCGUAGAAACACACUAUGGCGCAACGGAAAUCUUGCAGUGCGACGUCGAUGGAAAUCCCACACCCGAGAUUCUAUGGUUCCAUGAGGAUUCGGAACACGUGGUAGCCACAAGCCCAAAUAUAAGCGUUUUCGUCAGUCCUGAGACAGCAGGACGUUAUUUUUGCAAGGCUCACGUACCAGGUUUUCCUUUACUGACGGGUUCCGCCAACAUUUACAUUCGUGGACCACCUAGCAUAGUGUCACAAAGGAUUCAGUACGUGCCGGACGAGGGAGUGGUCAAGGUAAAGUGCACUGCGAUAUCAGUGCCAAAAGCGGAAUCCGUAGUAUGGAGCUUCGCUGGUCGUGAGCUCAAUUUCUCGUUGAACAAUACGCCGUUCUACGUUCAGGAAGAAUACACGGCGGAGAGGGUCGUCAGCACUGUCACAUUGGUCGAUCCAGUAUCCACCUAUUUCGGGGAUUACAACUGUACGGUGACGAACAGUUACGGCACGGAUUCUGUCAUAAUCAACCUGACAGCACACACGUUGAUUCCAGUCGAUUUGCAACUGAUUCUCAUCAUCGUUGGACUCGUUGUCUGCGUGAUCCUGAUUGGGAUUAUUGUUCUACUCAUUCUACAAUGUCGCGAUCGUAUUAAACAGCCACGACCGAGGACAGCACAAACGCAGGAAACAGAUAUGCAAGAAACGGACUCGAACGCGGAUCGAUAUCGCGAGAGCGAUAGAAGCAGCAAUCUCUCGGAUGUCAAAGCGGACAUACGAGCUGGUUCGAGCGUUAGUAAUGCGGAAAGCGUAACAGCACUUGACAGCGAGGGUGAAGGAAGCACUCGAGGAGUGAACGCGUUGGCACUUGCUGGGCCCGUUCCGAAUCCCCUUGGCUUUCGUUAUAGCGCAGACUACACGGAGCCAUCCUUUCCACCAAAAAAUAACGACGGGAGCAACAAUAACGGCUAUGUGCCAUACGUGGAUUACACGCGGGACUACAUGCCACCAACAACGCAAGGAAUGGGAGCGUCACGGGAAUCCUUGAGCAGGAUACCGUCCGGUGGAAUCCUCGCAUCGAAGAAAAUUGGACUGAGUUCGGCGAACUUGGGAACAUCCACUCCACAAACAACGCCGGUCAUCGAUCCACGUUUUUCCGCGACCUAUGGCAACCCUUAUCUCAGGAUGUCAGCAGCUGAACAGCUGAGGCACGCGCCACACACGGCAGUGCCCGGAGUCACGCCAGCUCCGCCACCAUAUACUCAAGCGAUGAGGAUGAAUAGCUUAAACACCUUGAAUGGUGCUGGACCACAGGCGCCAUUGUCAGCGCAUUAUAUAACCGGAGGGCCAAACGGUGGAGUGGCAACCGUGAAGCGUACUUCGGCAGUAGGAACUUUAGCAACGCACGUAUGAGGCCAGGGGGUCUAUCCGAACUAGAACCAUCGACGACGCACGGGAGGCGCCAUCUUCGAAGCUCCUAGUCGUAUUCGAGAGGAAGACGCGUAUCGGUUGGAAGAAGAAUAUCAAGAGCGUGGUUGUUUUCGUCAAAUUUCAUCGUUGGAACGUCGUCGACGUGAAUUCGCUGGUAGAAAGAUAGGAUCAUCCUUGAAAAACGAGAUAAGACGAGAACGAAUGAAGCUGUUGGAGAACGGCGAGAUGUUGAGCUACAUCGAUCUCGUUUUAAAGCAAUUGAGAAAAGCCAGCAGAGAUCAUCGAUUACUUGUCGAGCAACGUCAUCUUCGUGACUCCUCGACGUUCGGACGUCAUCGUUUCUUCGAAGUUCCAACUUCCUCGUCAGUUUAUACGAGAGAUUGGAUAAAGAAUAGAACAAGAAGGGAGGAAAUGCAGGAAGAACUCUUGGAGUAUCAUCCACGAGCAGCAACGAGGUUGUUGACGAAAAGAAAGACGUACGUCGAUCGAGAAGAAGAGAAAAGACGAGGGACCUACGGAUACGGUAAAAGUAGAGGAGCUUUCGAGAGGAUCGUCGAAUCGAGCAGCUGUCGAGAUCCGAAUUACGUUCUCGAUCAAGAAGGAUUCGAGAGGAAACUCUUGGAUCGGCAACUCUUCGACUGGACGGGUAGAUCCUCGACCGGUACCUCGACCGUCGUUUGAUCGUCGGACCAACGAAGAUUUCGACCUGUAAUCCCAUCAGCCUUCUUUCUUCGUUCUUCGUUCUUCGUUCUUCGUCGUCGUUCGAAGAAAUCGUUGACGAAAGAGAAAGGAAAAGAGAGAAAAAGAGAAGAGAGAGAGAGAGAGAGAGGGAGAUAGAGAGAUACAGACAAGCGUACGUAACAGGGACGAUACGAAGAUUUCACCUACGUUGAAAAUCGAUCUUCUUCGAUCGGCCAUCGAAGGUAAAAUCCUCGAUUCGAAUUUCUCAAAAGAAUUUCGAACGACGUUCGUUUCUCUCAACGAUUUUUAUCAAAAGAACGUUUCUCAAAGUUAAACGUACUAAUACGCCGCACUCGAACGUUCUCUCUUAUUCCUCUUUUCGAAUACGACCUAUAAGGAAAAGAAAAGGAUCAAGAAGAAAGAAGAAAGAAGAAGGAAGAUAAUGCUCGAAAUACGCGCACGUGAGGAUAAGCAUAAGGACGAUGGUUAUGUUCGGAUUUAUAUAUCGGAGAAUAGACUAUUCUUCGAUGUUGAAAACAGACCACUCGGUAUCGACAAUCCACUACUGACAUAUUUUAGAUCUCGAUAAGCAUUUAAACGAUUCGUUCGAAGUGACGAAAUUCUCGUCGAAACGACGUAGAGAUGAUAACGUCGAGAUAACGAUCGAGGAACGAGAAUACGUCGAUUUCGUGUGCUCUUCCUCUCUUGAGCACUCCUAGGACUAAUUAGCGAAAAGAGAGAGCAUUGUACUGCGAUUCGUGAAAAAGAGAAAAAAAAACAAAAACAAAAAAAGAUAGUAAAAAGAAAAAUAAUGUGACUCCGUAUACUUCGUCGUUCGGUGCGUUUAUGCUUUGCCAGAUAUAUAUAUAUAUAUAUAUAUAUAUAUAUAUAUAUAUAUGUUUGUUACUUUUUAUUUCAUUUUGUUUUGUUAUUUUCUAAAUCGAGCGUUCUUUCGAAUCGAAGCCGAUUAAAUUUUCGUUUAAUGUUCGCGCGCGGAUCACAAACACCGGCAAAAAAAGAAAAAAAUAUUCCAACGGGACGCGCUUUUCCUCCGUUUUCGAUUUAAAUAGUCGACGGACUAAUGGAAUUUUGAAUCCCCUAUAGCGAGGGAAAGGAUUAAUAUCAGUCGGACUAUUUCUGUUUUUGUUCUCUUUAUGAUUUUUUGUUCUUUUCCUUUUUUUUCUCUCUUUUCUUUUUUCCUUUUUUUACUCUUCCUUCUUUUUCAAUGUUAUCCGUAGAGAGGAAAAACAGAUGGCAAAGGAAUAAACGAAAAGUGCAAUACAUAGGAUCGGUUCUCGCAUGGAAUUUUGAUAUUGCAAUAAACCCCUCUUCCUCUCCAUUCCAUCACCACCAACACCACCUCCAACAAACCACGAAAACCGGAAACGAAGGUCGAAAAUAGAUAUCGGCACCUCUUUCCAUAACCCUCGAAGUAUUCAAAAUACGGGUCGCGUUUGUAAAAUUAGAUAGCACAAACUGGUUAGACGUAUUAUUACGAUAUUAUACAUAUAUACAUAUGCAUCCUUUGUCAAUACGAAUCCUAGGGCCUAUAUAGGUUUCUUCGAUGGCGCUAAAAAAAAAAAAAAAGGGCAAAACUCUAUUUGAAAUAAGCACGUUCGUAAUCGGCGAACGGCUUCCUGUAAAUAUAUUCCUCGAUUAAGGAUAAUAAUGAUAACGAUAGUAAUAGAUAAAAUAAUAAUAAUAAUAAUAAUAAUAAUAAUAAUAAUAAUAAUAAUAAUAAUAAUAAUAAUGAUAAUAAUGAUAAUGAUAAUGAUAAUGAUAAUGAUAAUAACAAUAAUAAUACUAAUAGCGAUAUAAAAUUAUAAACGACGAAAGGCAAUUAACGCUUUUCGAAAAAAAUACAAUUUCAUCUUAAAUUUCAAACUCGUUCCUCGCUUGCUUUCUCUCGACGUUGAUAUCGUAUUUCUACGUUAAAGCGAUUGCGAAUUCGUAACUCGUCGACGAGGAUAAAAGAGGAAUUAAACGAUCAAAUCAAAUUCGAAAUGGAAAAAAAAGUAAAAAAAGAAAUAUAUAUAUACAUAUAUAUGCAAAGAAAAUUUUAACUAAUGUGUCGUUCCUCGUCGAUGAUCUACGUCAAGGCUGAUCCUUAAAGCGUGGCAAACGAUACAUCCGUUGACAAAGCUGUUGAAAUAAAUAAAAAGAUAACGAAACAGGGUAGCCUAUCAAUUAUUAAAAGACGUUGAUCCGAGGAAAGGCUGCGCUUUAGGGAUCAGACCGUCGCAUAUUCGCUUUGAAUAUCGACGGAAGUAUCGUUGGAAGAGCAUGAAUACUCAAACGAGGUCGUUUCACUGUCGUGCAUUUUGUUUUUUAAAUUUUUGUAAUCUUUCCUUUUUCUUCUUUUCUUGUUUUUUUUUUUUCUUUUAAUUUAAAAAAAAAAAAUCUUUUUCGAGAUAUCGAACGAUAUACGAUUAAGCAUCGGAUACGUUUGCAUCUUCUUGAUAAAUAUGUUUAUAUAUAAAUAUAUAAAUAUAUACACAUGCAUAUACACGUACGCGAUAAAACCUACAUAUGUAUAUACAUAUACAUAUUUACGUAUCAUUCUAACAAAGCGUGUAAUAUACUUUUGUGUAAAUAAAAUCGACUCUUGACGUCGCUCGGCGUAUCUCGUAAGGUUUUUAGUUAGUUUUAUAACUGUGAAUCAUUAUGUGCAUAUCUCGCUCUUAAAUACAUACAUAAAUCGUAGACGUUUCACGCGAUCGUGUCGAUCAUUCUCGAGCAAUAAGAAUCGAACGUUUAGAUCUUCACUAUUCUACAACUCUGAUGCCGGGUGCAUCGAAUUUUUCAUCUUCGUAUGUAUACUAUAUACAUAUAUAUAUAUAUAUUCCUUGUAUGAUAUAUAUAUAUAUAUAUAUACACAUAUGUAUAUAUAAAUAUACGUAUACACAAGGAUAAUAUAUACUUACAUACACAUAAACACAAUCGUUUCUUAAGUUCGAGAUUCGUCUCGAUUCGUAAAUCGUCGCGUCUAUUGUAAAUCGAACGAAAUCAUUAUACUGUACAUUUUUCAUGACGCCCCGAUGUUACUGUUAACUACUUAAGAUUUCGAAAAUCUUUAUCUUAGGCGCGCAAAAAAAAAAAAUAUAAUAAAGAAGUCGCGUGCGCGAUCGCGUUUACGGUCGCUCGUUUUCUCUAUCUUUGUUUUUUCUGUCUCUAUAUAAUCUCUCUCUCUCUCUCUUUCUCUCUCUCUCUCUCUCUCUCUCUCUCUCUCUCUUCUCUCUUUAACGAGAGAAGCAGAGAGUCUAACGAACGUACGCGUGCGCGCGCGCGUCCGUGCUUUUGUUAUACAUAAUUAUAUACAUGGAGGUGUUUUAAUGAUUACGAUGCGAUCGAUAAGAGACGAAUUUGUACACUUUUUCUUCUUUUUAUCCCUUUUUUGAAUAUACAGUAACAAUAAUAACAUUACAUAACUUCAAUUCUUAAUCUUCUUAUCGAGCUUAUCGUAACGAUACACUCACUAUGUAAAUUGCUUAAAUGGAAUUUCGAAAUGUAUAGAGAGAUUCGAAUACAUACUAAGAAAUUCACUGUGAAUGUAUUCACCGAGUGAAAGAUAUACGAGAGAUCGUAAGAAAAAAGAACGAGUGUCCUGUGUGUUAUAUAUUUUUCUUUUUCUUUUUUCUUUUUCUUUCGAGUUUUUGCGAGGUUGCGCGUGAACACGCGUGCGAAUACAUGCGCGCGCGCACGCGUCUUUCUGUGCGUGUAUGUGUGCGUGUAUGUGUGUGAUGUGUGCAUAGGGAAAAGAUUUACGUGUAUAUAUACAUAUAUAUAUAUAUGUUUAUAUACAUACAUACAUAUAUGUAUAUAUACACACAUAGUCAAACACCAUUUCUAUCGUUAAUAAAAGAACAAGAGAGACGAUGAAAAAAGAAACGAGAGUAGGUUAAUAAAGUAUACUGCGAUAAGUAAUUAACAAUCAAUGUAAAGUGGGUGGUACGUGGCAAUGUUAAAAUUAGAAAAGUUUAUGUCGUUUGAAUCAUAGAAGUUUACGCCUUCUUGCUACGAUUACCACCCUGAUACGUAUUAAUUGUUUAUCGGUCAAUUAUUAAUUAAAUUAUAUAUCGAUUUCUUCGCCUUUAGUCAGAGAAGAAGAAAAAGAAGAAGAAGAAGAAGAAGAGAAAGAGAGAGAGAGAGAGAGAGAGAAAGGAAGAAAGAGAGAAUGAAGAUAAAGAAAGGCUUCCGCAAAGUUUCCUUCUAAACGUUUAAACAGACGAUCUCAUUAGUUUAUUAACAAAAGAAAAAUAAAUUGCAUUCAUUUCUUUAAAAAGAAAGAGAAAGAAAGAGAGGGAGAGGGAGAGAGAGAGAUGGAAAUAGAUAUUAUUAUACUGUCACAAAGUGAUCGGAUCGUUAAUACGACUUAUUAGUCAUGAAUUAUUAUUAUAAAAAUAAUUAUCUCUAAUAAUACUCAUUUUGGAAGAGAUUGUUAAAAUUUGUAUUGGUAAAAAAAAAAUAUGUGUAAAAAGAAAACUUUGCGCAGGCCGAUUUAUGCUGUUGUAAAGGCAAAACUCCUAGGCAAUCUAACGAGUAAUUAAAGUUCGCGAAAGAAGAAGAGAUAAGUGGAUAAAUGGUAAUUAAAAAAGGUGUCUACUUGAUCGCGAACGUGGAAGAGGUUUUUCAAAUUUGUUGAUACUUUUCAUACUUUAAGACUAGGAAUUAUUAUGGCCUAUUAAACUACUGUUUCGCAAAGUUUAUCCGUCGACUCGGUCAUUUUCGUUUCAAUAUUCUUCGUAAUUUCCGAUGAAUCUCCGAUGACGAGUAAACGUAAUGUUCAUUUUGUACAUAAAUAUAAUUAUAUAUAUAUAUAUAUAAUAUACAUAUAAUUAUAUAAAUAUAUACAUAUAUAAUAGGGAAGAGAAAACUGGAGAAAAUGUAUUUCUUUUUCUUCUUUUUCUUUUUUUUCUUCUCUCUCUUCGUAAAAAAACAAAACCUCGUAAAACGAAAACGACCGAGUCGCCUUUAAUCGUGAAACGAAAAGUGACUUUUUAGAAAAACUCGAGCACUCUUUUUGCGUACUAUCGUGAAACGUAUUGCGUGUAACGUCGCAUUGAUACUCGAUAUAAUCUAUUUCGAAUUCGACUGAAUCGACAUAGGAGAUAAUAUAUACCCCCAUAUUUUUCUCGAUGUUAAGCUUUUUCGCAGAGCGCAUAGGAAAGUAUGUACACGAUUUUACGAGAUUGGGAAUGAUCGAACGAACGAACGAACGAACGAAUGUACGAAAGGAAGAACGAAAGAUUGAUCGUUGGAGUUAUCGAAACGAAUUGACGAGAAUUCAAAAAGAAGGAAAGGAAGAAAGAAAAAAAAAGGAAGGACAACCGAGGAUUCUUGAUUGAUCGAUAGAUAGAUAGAUACCCAAAUAGAUAAAUCGCUAAUCUUAUGCGAAUGUCCUGUCAUUUAUCUUCUUGUUACCAAAGCAAGAUGAACAAUCUUUUUUUGAUUUUAUCUUUCUAUAUAUAUAUAUUCAAAUUGAUCGAUAAUUAUUUAAACAGGAAAAUGGAAAAUUCGACGUGCGGGAUCACGAUCGUCCAUUCCGAAAAAACAAAGUUUCCAUUUCUAAUUCGAACAUUUAAUCUCUCCAUGUUGUUGUUUCCUUUGGUUUGGAUUUUUUCUCCAUUUUUCCUUCUUUUUUUUAAAUUUUUUACUUUUUUUCCCCCCUUAAUGAACCCAGACUUUUAUAAAUGAUUUCGCGUAAAGGUCAUCUACGAUUGGUCGCUCGAUCUUUGCCUUAUCCAAUCCGGAGAAAUAGUCAAAAAUAAAUCGUAACCACAUGAAAUAAAUCACAAUCACAAAAAUAAAUCAUAAAUAAGAAUCGUACGACCUCACUUAUCGUUAAAACAUUGAGAAACAUUUUUUAACAUAAAAAGACUGUUUUCCCCCGUGCACGAUAGUAACCGUAUCGCGUAAUCUCGUAAUCCUCAUUAAGAUACAUUUGGUAUCGUGCGAUGUACGAGAGAAGAAUAAAAAAAAAAAAACCGAAAAAGAAAAAAAAGAAAAGAAAAGAAAAGAGAAAAAAGAGGACACUACGAAACGAUAGAAACUAUGUGCACAAUAGUAAAUAAGUCGUAAUGUACACUUGUAAAACAAGGUUCUUUGUACCGCAAAUCCUACUUACAAUUAUAAUUAAUUAGUAAAUCGAUCGACCAUUGUGACGAAACACGAAAAGGUAUAAAACACUCGAUGGCUUUCGCUUAGAAAUAAAAAACAACGUUUGUCUAAAUUCGCGUGUGCGUCCAUCGUCGACGUUUAAAUACUACGACUAUAGUCAUCGUGAUUUAAAGAAGAGUAAAUGAAUUAUAGAUAAAUUCACGCGGAUAACGAAAGGAUUGGUUCUCCUCCCAUUUUUUCCUCUCUCAUUCCUUCCCCUCUCUCUCUCUCUCUCUCUCUCUCUCUCUCUCUCUGUCUCUUUUUCCCCCCACUCCCACUCCCAAAGGAUUCUUCCUUAAUCGUGCUAGUUGAAACUUUUAUUGUAAAUAGUUUAAAUCGACCUAAAUGGCAAACUUUGUAAAUGUUACACCAGAAAUUCUUUCGAAUCGAUCGAAAGAUGAUGGAUCAAAUUCGCCGAAUAACGGAUUGAUCGUUCGUCGAACCUUUCUCGAUAAUUUCCAUUAUUGAUAAUAUUUGUUCACCAUGUCGUAGAUACAUUUCCAACAACGAUCAAAACAUUCAUUCGUCGAAAAAAAUAAAAGCAAACAAAAAAAAAAGUAAAGAAAGACAAACGUAUGUUUCGUUAAACAAAAAAAAAAUUGCAUAUCGGAGGAUGGAACAAAACGCGUCGUAUUUUGAUAGCGAUCCGCAUAAAUUGAUUUUAGUUAUGCGCUGUAAAUAUGCUACAUAAUGAUCAUACAACUUUUCAAACUAUCCCACAUCAAAAAAUAUGAAAUAUGAGAGUAUUUGUUAUAACGAACGAUCGUUACGGUUUUUAUACUUAUCAAUAGUACGAUAUGUGAAAAAAAAAAAGAAAGAAAGAUUCAUUGUAUUUUACUUUCUAUACGAAGAUUGUUCUCAUCGCACCGACUGACAAACCGAUAUUUAACCGUGAUCGAAAAAAAACGAGUUAAUCGUUUAAUUUCGUUCUCGAUUUAAGUUAAUAAUUCAAUUCCGAAUUCCUCAGAUGUACCUGUAGCAUAAAAGUCCGGCAUAUGCGACGCUAUUAAGAAUCAUGCAUCGUUAGCACAAGAUCUUCCGUUUGAUAAAAAAAAAAAAAAGAGAAAAGAAAAGGGGAGAAAAAGAAUAAUUAAUAAAUGACAAGGAGGAGAAAGAGUGAGAGUGAGAAUGAGAGAAAAAGAGAGAGAGAGAGAGAGAGAGAGACAGAGAGAAUGAAAGAGAGAAAGUAUGCAAGAAUACGAAUGAAAUUGAUUUAAGAGAACGAGAGAAAGAGAGAAAGAGUGGGAGAGAAAGAGAAAGAAAGUGUUUAAGAAUGAUAUGAGAGAAAGACAGAUAGAAUGAUAGCUUGACAAUUUAUACAACACAAAUUCAUCGAUCUACUUCAAUAUGACAGUGUGCCAACUCUUUAUCCGAGUAUCGCUAACGUCCAUCACGAGUUUUUCGUUUUGUUUCUUCGUAUUCUUCGGUCUAAUGUAUGUCGAAUUAAUAGUAUUCAUUAUUGCACAUCGUACACGAGGAAAAAUGAUUAUAUACUGUGAGAUAAUACAAGUACAAAGACUAUUUACCGUGUAUACUGAUUUUCAUUUUGAAACGGUAGAGACGAAUAACUUUUAUACUGUAUUUUUAUCAUUUCAAAUCAUUAUUAUUUUUCACUGCCUAAUACGUUCUUUUCGUUUCACGUAUCUUCGGAUGUUAAUUAUGUAUUUUUCUUAUUGCUUUUUUUCUUUUUUUUUUUCGUUUUUCUUUUUCUUUGUUACUCGAUCGUCUCUUCGCAGGGAACAGAAAGCACGAUUUUAUACGAUGCACAACAUUGAGCUCUGCAUUUUGUUUCUGCAAAAGAAGAGAGAUAAGUCGAAGUAUUAAAUUAUUAAAUAAGAAAAGGAGAAUGGCAAUAUAAUAAAAGCGAAGUAUAUUUCUUUGUAUUUUUUUUUUGUUAGUACUUGUAAAAAAAAAAAAGAAAAGAAAUGGAAAGAAAAGAAAAGAAAAGAGAGACCAAAGAGAAUUUUAUUUUACGUUGUGUACAUUUAUUGAGUUUACGCCGUGUACGUCAUCGCACGAGAAGAUUUGUGUGCAUCGAGUGCUUUAAUUUUUCUUUUUUAUUUUUAAAUCUUAUAUAUAUAUUAUAUAUAUAUUAUAAUUUUAAUUAAGUUAUACGAUAGUUUUGAAACUUUUAUUACAAAUUCGAUCGUGUGUAUCUAAUUAAAAGGAUUAAAAAAAAGGAACAAAAAAAAAAUCAAGCGUAAUUCACAUACGCGCCAUUAUUAUGAUGUAUAUUUUUUCAAAGUCUUAUUGUAUAUCGAGAUAUUAUUAUAAUUAUUACUAUGUGAUUAAUGUCAACGAUUAUUUAUAGUUCACCGAUUUAUGUGCUUAUCCGUUAAGUAGGCACAGGUGCCGUUUAUUUUAUACUUUCUCAUAGGGUGCAAUGUGUAUCGCUACUGUUAUAUUUUAUUAAACAUCUGCCAUAGUAGCUCCUUGUGGUACGUACGAUGUUUCCCUCAUUUAUACGUAAAAUAUUCGUCAGGUUUUUCAAACUUUUUCUUUUUAAUUUUUUCUCAUAAUCUCUUUUUAUUUGUCGCAGUGAGUCAUACCACGUUUUCCUCUUUUUUUCUUUUUUACUUUAUAUAUAUAUAUA